AUGGGUAUGGGUAUAACCAUUUAUGCAAUUAUCCAACAGAAACGAAGACCGCACAACACACAUUUUCUUUUCCAAGAUAGGGAAGAAGUAAGAACUAUGAUGCUGGUGAGUGAAACCUCCUCUUUUUUGCAACCUUUGUUCUUCACUCCGCUGGCCAUUUUCCUCAUCCUCCUUUACAGAUGGUACUCCUCCGCUACAACCACCAACAAGACCCCUUCACCACCUUCCCCACCAAAGCUCCCAAUCAUUGGGAACUUGCACCAAGUAGGGUUGUACCCUUACCGCUCCUUUCAAGCCUUAUCUCAACGCCAUGGCCCUCUCAUGCUUCUCCACUUUGGAAGAGUCCCAGUCCUAGUUGUAUCUUCAGCUGAGGCUGCCCGUGAGAUCAUGAAAACCCAUGACCACACAUUUUCUAAUCGUCCCAAGUCCACCAUCGUUGAGAAGCUUCUGUACAACCACAAAGACGUUGCAUUUGCUCCUUAUGGUGCGUACUGGAGGCAGGUAAAAAGUAUAUGCGUCUUAAAUCUUUUGACCAACAAAAGAGUUCGGUCUUUUCGCUCAGUGAGAGAAGAGGAAACCAAAUCCAUGAUCAGCAAGAUAAAGCAUUCGUCAUCAUCGCUUCUGAAUUUAAGCGAAAUGUUUGUAAGGCUUGCUAAUGAUGUGGUAUGUAGAGUGGCGCUGGGGAGGACGCACAAUGGUGGAGAAGAUGGGAGGAUGUUUACAGAGCUUUUAAGGGAGUCCAUAGAAUUAUUGGGAAUUAUCGACAUCGGGGACUAUAUCCCGUGGCUUUCUUGGUUGCGCCAUGUCAAUGGUUUGGUGGCCAAGGUAGACAAGGUGGCUAAGCAGUUUGAUGACUUUAUAGGUGGAGUUAUUCAAGAGCAUAUGAACUGUAGUUCAAAGAGUGAAGAUGAUGACCGGAAUGAUUUUGUCAAAGUUUUGCUUGCAGUUCAGAAAGAAAACUUGGCUGGUUUUCCUAUUGAUAUAGCUACUGUAAAAGCUCUCAUCUUGGAUAUGUUUGCUGCUGGUACGGAUACAUCAUCUACAUUCCUAGAGUGGGCAAUGACUGAGCUUUUAAGGCAUCCAAGGGUCAUGAACAAAUUGCAGAAAGAAGUAAGGGGAAUAGUCGGAAGCAAAACAGACGUACUCACGGAGGAUGAUUUGGUCGAAAUGCCCUACUUGAAGGCGGUGAUAAAGGAAACUCUUCGAUUACAUCCACCACUUCCAUUACUAUUGCCCAGGUUGUCGACCCAAGACGUGGAAAUAAAUGGUUACAACAUCAAAGCCAAGACACAAGUCAUCAUCAACGCAUGGCACAUUGGAAGGGAUCCCAAGGUCUAUGACAAACCAGAAGAUUUCGAGCCAGAAAGGUUCUUGAAUAGCGAGAUAGAUUAUAAGGGGACUAACUUUCAGUUGAUUCCGUUCGGAGCUGGUAGGAGGAUCUGCCCUGGAAUUCAUUUUGCCAUGGCAAUUAAUGAGAUUGCCUUAGCAAGUGUUGUGUACAAUUACGAUUGGGAAUUGCCUAGCGGAGCAAGUGUGGAGGAUUUAGACAUGACUGAAUCUCCUGGUUUAACCGUACAUAGAAAAAAUCCUCUCAAAGCUGUUGCUAUUCCAUAUUCAUAUUGAAAGAUGGAUAUAAGAAAAUGAAAUUCAUAGUCCUCCGUAUAUGUUUAUUUAUCAAAAUAAAAUUAGCGAUCCUCAAGUUUAACUACCA